GGGGCAAGUGUGAGCAACACUAGCGCUAUCACAUAUUCAACUGUCAAAUUUUAAUUUUAUCCGGGUUAUAAAGUGACAACAAACAAAUUGGAACGAAUAUUCAGCAUUUAUUAAGUCAGCCGGAGUUGUGUUGUCGUGGAACUCCACAUUACGGUGUCUUCAUGGUUGCGGUAACAAUUUUGUGAAAUAAACACCAUGUACGGACGAAAGACGCCUUCUACAUACCGCUCAACACCUUCCGUGUAUUCUCAUUACACGGGGAAGUCAUCAACGAACCUUCGCUCAACUAAAUCGGUACGAUCUCUGCGUGUGCCAUGGUACCAGAAGCCGAUAUUACACGACGCUUACUUCCUAGACCUGCAAAGGGGGUCGCUGUUGACUGCUUGCUUUUCUGUGUUUGUAGCCCUGUUCACAUUCGGUGAGAGCAUCUUCGACCUGUACUGCCUGGGCAUGGCGGCGCCGGGGUCCGUGCACUACGGCUACUACGUCAUCAGCUUCCAGUUUGUCUAUGUUGGCUCGGCGCCAGUGCGCAACAUGCUGAUUGUGUUUGCUCUGUUCUCUUGGCUCGGCUCGCUUGCCGUGCUCGUCACCGGGGUGCUGCUCAUUGUGGCGCUGAGGAAGGAAUACGAAAAGAAGAUAGUCCCAUGGCUGUACGCUUUCGGCAUCUUCAUAAGCUUCCGCUUCUUCGCCUUCCUCUUCGGGGCUAUCGUGAACGACAUGAUCUUCGCCUACAACAUCAUCAUGACGCUCGCCUGGAUCCUGUUCUGUGCUGUCGGCGCUUACGGGUGGCUGCUGGUCUACAGUUUGUAUCUGGAGCUGUCGGAUUUGACGAAGCUGGAGGAUUUGGCGCAUUUGCGGAUGGGUACAAUGGCGUCCCUCAACGCAUCCCUAGCCGGCUCGCGUCCCACCACCCCCCACUCCACUGUGUCCACCAUGCCGGCCUCGCAAAUAUGAUACAUGCGACCAACCACGCCCAAAACUAACACAGACCAGAAACACGAAGCCACAGACAACACAAAUGACACCACAGACAAACCGGACUUGACAGACAGCGUCACAGAUUAUACGAUGAGCAAGCGCAGCAGUGGCAUAGACAAGGAUGAUACGAUCGAUGAGGAUGACGAGAUGGUUACGGAGGUUACGCCGUUGUCUAUGGAAUUCAGUCAUGAGACCGAAGUGUAAGGUUUUGAUUGUGUUAUAGCGAUGGUAAUAAGGCUUUUCCACAGUAGAUAUGCUAUAUGUUGCUAUGGAUGCUUUGGAUAUCCACCAAUCAUAUUAAUCGGUCCAUAUAGAAUAGCACUGGUGGGAACAAAUUUAUUUCAUAUCAUCGCAGCAUAGCUGAUCUCUGGUGGAAAGGCACCCUAAAGCAAGGUUAGAGUUAUAAAGUAGAAAAGUCACUGUUUUAAAUUAGAGUUUUGAUCACUCCAUUCCAUACAAUACAGUAUUAAGAUAAUUGUACACAUUAUCCCAACGAAAAAAAGUGCCUUAUAUUACUGAAA